AUCUUGCAACUAUGCUAGUAUGUGCUAGUGAUAGCGACAAGCAAGUCGCAUUGUGAUUCAAUAAACAUGACGGUUAUCUGCAUAUUUAUGUUUCUGUGUUUCAUACGACUUUCUGCUCAGAAAUCGACACCAGCAGAUCGCAGCUAUGUCGCAGCAGUUGUCGAGUACCAAGUACAGUCUAAUGAAACAGCUAAUCUGCAAAAGUACUUACAACUUAUAGAAGAGGCUGCAAGCCAGAAUGCUGACAUUAUUGUAUUUCCUGAGAUGACGUUGACCAGAGGGCAAAGUGUGGUCGUACCAAUCUAUGGCUUGCUGAAAGUAUACCCCGUCCCUGCUACACAUCCAGAAUUAUAUGACGAGGUUCUGGUUUCUAUUUCUGAAGCUGCAAAACAAAGCCAAAUCUACGUGGUUAUUAACGUGCAAGAGAUGAUGGAUUGCAAAAACGGGGGAUCUCCCGGCGAGAAUUGCCCGAAGCAAAAACAAUACCGUUUCAAUACCAAUGUCGUUUUCGACAGGAAUGGGGCGGUCAUUGACAGGUAUCGUAAAAUAAAUCUAUUUGGGGAGUAUUCUCGGACGGCAGCCUUAACGCCUGAUCUGGGAAUCUUCACGACGGAUUUCGGCGUGACCUUUGGCCACUUUAUCUGCUUCGAUUUGAUGUUCCAAGUACCAUCUAUCCAGGUAGUCCAGAAGAACAAAAUCACUGACGUCAUCUUCCCCACUAUGUGGUUUUCUGAAUUGCCCUAUUUGACUGCUGUGGAAAUUCAACAGGCAUACGCUCACACUAUGAAUGUCAACUUCCUCGCUGCUGGAGCUAACAAUGUUAGAGUCGGAAGUACAGGGUCAGGCAUCUUUUCGGGAAAAGCCGGAGCAUUAAUCAGUCUAAUGACUGGUGUACCAACCACGAGGUUACUCGUUGCUGAAGUACCUAAAGUGCCUGGACAAGUGGAAGGUACUUAUCCGGGUCCCAUCUAUGAUAACCCCGCAGACCAAGAUAACUUACUGCUAAAAACUGAUCCCUCUUUACUCUCUCAUGUGAGCAGAUUGUUGAAAACGGGUUUAGAAGAGUUUACCCUAGAAGAUAAAGAUGUAUACUGUCACUUUAAAGUGCGUUUAAGUCAGCGAAAUGGAAACACGAGCUAUAGAUAUAGAGCCCUUGCAUUCAGUGGAACCCGCACUUUUGAUGGCGUAGCCACCGGCGGUGCCAAGGUCUGUUCUGUGGUCGCCUGUACAGGACAGAAUAUCAGCACUUGCGGAAACAGGUUCCCAAGAUUUUCACCGAAUUCAACAGGCAUUUUCGAUGAGCUUACCAUCACUGCAAGAGUGCCAACACCUGUGAUGGAUGUCGAGAUCAACGCUAAAAAUUCUAUCUACUUCCCCGUAUCAUUAGACACUAAUAUCAUGCCUCUAAAGCCUAAGGACUAUACAUAUACAGAAACUGUUUUAUCUAAAGACACAAAUAGUUUAUACGUAUUAGAUUUAAAAAAUGUUACGGCUGAACUCUACGUAUUUGGUAUUUGGGGUAGAGAAUAUACUUCAGAUGGACAAGAAUCCUCACCACCGGUUGAGGAUACAGAUUCUAUCAUAGUUUCUGUUCUUAAUCAAAUAGGUGGUUUAAUUUGGAUGUUUCUAAGUGCAUUCUCUAGAUGAUAAGGACCUGGACGAGAUUCAGCUUCACUGCGUCUUUCGAGUUCAUUCCUCAGGAACUCGGGGAUCAUUCAACCAGCUAAACUUGGAAAGUAGAACAUUAUCCAAAUCAAAAUUUUCAUUCUAAUCGUUAGAGCCAUUUCCUAGAAACUAUUAAUAUAUAUCUAGCGAAAGGAUGUAAGGGGCAGGCACACGAAAAAUUUA